UCACCAUAUUCUAUGAAUUUUUUGUCGCAAAAUUCAUAGUGAUUUAUAUUUUCGAACUGGUUGCCUAGGCGACAAUAAGACGCACACAAAUGUAAACAAACAAUCGAGCAUGGCAGUGGAACUUCUGUCUGAACUGAACAUCAAAAUAAACUGACAACUAGGAAUGAAACAUGGCCUGAAAUGACACGACGUAUGAAAGGUCGGCCACAAACAAGUUCUAAUAAACCUUAUGUUUUACCAAUUGGUCAUCUUUCCACUAAAAGUUCAGUAUACUCUCCGGUAUCGAUGUCAAGAAUGUCCCAGGAUGUAGUUUUGAAUCAUAUGAAAUCCCAUUAUCAGCGCAUCUCUUCAGCCAAAGCAUGCGUGGAUACUUCGCCACCGACAUCCCUGAAGCUUACCAUAAAAAACAGAGACCGAAAACGCAAAGAAGCGUUACUUGCAUCAAAUCAAUUAUCACCAAGAUCAUCAACAAGACUAAGAAGUCGUGAAACUGAGUCGGAUACGUCUAAAGAUUAUCAUGUUUUGACAGAUACAGAGAAUACUGUGAUCCAUGAUAGUGGAAGACGCAGUUCAAACGAUCGUAACGACUACAGCGAAAGUCCAUUAAAAACCCGUUCACCUCUAGACCGUAAACAACAAACUCUUGAUACAAGGAAAACAGAACAGUUUGAGUCAUUUAGCGCAGAACAAAAGCUUAAUUCAAACGCAGAUUUUAUUGACUAUGUGUAUCGUAAUCCUUUACCUGAAAAUUACUUCAAACAGACGAGCAGAUCAUACACUAAUACAACAAAAUGUGAAGAGACACAAAACGAUUUUGAUAUUUACACCAGGUCACGGUUAUCAGCUAUGACAUUUAGUUAUAAAUCAGCCCCUACAAAACGAAAAAUCAGACGAAAAAAUCAAGAGGAACUGAUUUGGACCGAAGAGCAAAAGUAUCUUCAAUUCAUAUCUGACGUUACAAGUGAUGUUUUAGCAAGAGGAAUUUGUUCAGACAGGGUCUUGAACAUGGUAUUUGAAUCUCACAUUGAAAAAAGAAAAGAUGAUUUGGAAGAGGAACACAUGCGUGAGAUGAUAGAGCAGUUAAAGGAAGAUCUUCAUGUCAAAGAUAACUGAGUAUGGCUUUCUGGUGAAUUGUUAAAACAAAAAAUGGUGAAAAUUCUUUAUCAUCUUUUCAACAUAAAGUCAAGUCAACGUUUGAAUUGAAGACAAGUACCAAGCAAUACCGUACGCAACUUGAUGUUUUGAGGCGAAGGGUGCAUAUAAUAAUAUUUGCAUGUUAAAAUCCCUGAAGAAAGCCAAUUCAUUUCAAGAUCGAGCUUAAUGCAGGAAAACACUGAUGCAUAUUUGAAUAUCCAAGAUUAUGGAUCCACGUAUGGCUCUGGUAGUAAGUACUGAAAUCAAUUUAAAGCUUAUUUGUCGGCGAUGUGCAACGUAAACAAUUCAUUAUGGUGUUCUUCAUUUCAAAACUCUUCCAUUUAUUGUACAGUUGUUAGUAAGCUGCUGUAAUAUCGUUUUAUUGCUGUUUCAUCCAUUAUACAUGAAACAUCUCACUUAAAGUUCCCAACAUACGAAAAUGCACAUUUAUUUGAGUCAAAAACAACUACUUUAUCCUAUUUCAUGAGAUUACAGUCGAACCUCUAUUUACGUUACAUCAAGUUUUAAAAUAGGAAUUUUUUACCGGGACACAUUUAACCUCCUAAUAUUUUUUCAACGAGUUUCAAUUGGCUUCUUUACUGUUCCAUUGUCACGCCAGUGUGACACGUAGUGCUGACGGUUUCUGUAUCAUUGUUAUCUCCUGUAUCUGAAUGCUGAAAAAACGCAGUAAUUGCUCCCAUUAUGAAAAAGUAGGUACGUUGCGUACAUUUGUCUACGUGAUGUGGACUUUUCAAACUAUUAAAUGUCGCAGAAAUAUUGAAUGAUGUUCAAUAGGAUAUCGAUAAAAACUAACGCCUGUGCUUAUCUUACCCAUAAUACGCUGUGAUAAUUCUUGAUAUCACAAGAAAAUUAUAUAUUAAUUGAAAAAUGUUAAUUUAGUUGAAUGAGUAAGUCAUUGAAAGUAAUUUAUUAAUUGCACAAAUGCAACACAUUACUUCAAGAUAACAUUGAAAUUUGUAAAUCAACCAAAAAAUAAUUUGACAAAUUGCAUAUAA